CGCGGCUUUCCCGCGCGCGCGCCGCGGAAGCAUGGCGGGGGAGCGGGCGGUGGGGCUGGUGCGGGAGCUGCAGCGCGCCGCGGGCGGGCACCUGCCGCCGUUCCGGGCGGAGGAGCUGCGGCAGACGCUGGAGGAGAUGCGGACGCUGUACGAGCGGAACCAGGCGGACGUGUCCGAAGCGAAGUCGGGCCGGACCGACCUGAUUUUCCUCAUUCGGUUUCGCCACUGCUGCCUGCUGCGGAACCAGCGCUGCAUCGUGGCCUACCUGUACGACCGGUUGCUGCGGAUCCGAGCGCUCAGGUGGGAGUACGGCAGCAUCCUGCCGAACGCCAUCCAGUUCCACAUGUCUGCUGAGGAAGUGGAGUGGUUCAAUCGGUACAAAAAGUCCCUGGCUACCUACAUGAGGUCAGUAGGAGGAGAGGAGGGGCUGGACCUUACGCAGGACAUAAAACCUCCUAAAAGCCUGUACAUCGAAGUGCGGUGUUUAAGGGACUACGGAGAAUUUGAGAUCGAAGAUGGAACCACGGUCCUGUUGAAGAAGAACAGCCAGCACUUUUUGCCCCGCUGGAAAUGCGAGCAGUUAAUCAGACAAGGAGUCUUGGAGCACAUCCUGUCGUAAGUGUGCAGGACGGGAGGGACGGCCUUUGCCUGAUGCCCUGUGCAUAAUGGGGAGCGAACCCUGGUGCGUGCAGGACUUCAGCCACCUCAGCACCUCUGCACGGAGCCCCCUGCAGCUCCGUGUAACAGCUGUUACUGCCUGACGUGAAGACCAACCCCAAGUUUAUAAAGUGUGCAAGCCAUAUUGGCCAUGGCUGCGUGACCAAAGGGUGCACGCUGGUAAUGUAGCAAGCCUGGGAAUCCUGCUGUUGUAUCCAAGCCCCACAGCUACGUGCAGGUUCUGUGAAUGCUGUUGGGCUUGGAGCAGCUUUGUUCACACCGUGCCUUCGGGAGAAAGAGACUGACCAGCUGGGCUGUGGAAGCUGGGAGAAUACCACAGCUGCAAAAUAAAUAACUGCUUCAGCCUUCAGUUUUCAUAGUUCAAGAGUCAAUGCUCUGUUCAUUAAACACUCUCUGACCUGGA